AAGAGAGAACCGCCAUGAAGAGAGAAGGGGGUGCCGCCCACCUCUGCUCCGACAGCUUCUCUGAGUCCCAGCAGCAAGACGGCAACCACGCACCCAUCUUCUCCAGCCACAGCUCAUGCCGCCGUCGUCAGCGGCGCCGACAUGACAAGGCGCUGCAUGCCCGCUAGGCCAGGUUUCCCCUCAUCCCCAGCCCCGGGGUCGUCGCCCCCGCGCUGCCAUCUGAGACCUGGUAGUACGGCCCCUGCUGCAGCGGGAAAAAGACCAGAGAGUCCUGGGGACAGGAAACAGUCAAUUAUAGAUUUCUUCAAACGAGCCUCAAAACAAGACAGACAUAUGUUGGAUUCUCCACAAAAAUCAAACAUCAAAUAUGGAGGAAGUGGAUUGUCCGUUACUGGGACAGAGCAGUUUGAAAGGAAACUAUCCUCACCAAAAAAAUCUAAACACAAAAGGAUGCCAUCAGACAAGAGCCCUAUUUUAGAAGCUUUCAUGAAAGGUGUGAAAGAGCACCAUAAAGAUCGUGAUGUAUCUGAGUCACGUCAACCUUGUGUGUCACUAGCCUCCAAGUACUUACCCAAAGGAACAAAUAUCUAUGUUCCUCCUCCUUAUCGCUUAUCAGAAGAGAUGAAAGUGCUGAAGAAAAAACAUCGAUCUCCAGAGAGAAGGAAGUCUCUGUUCACUCAUGAAAAUAGCAGAGAGAAGGCUGAUAGAGACCGAGGCAAGACCAAUGCCGAGUCCAAAAGACAGGCCGCAGUCGCAGAAGCUGACAUCUUUAAGAACAGCUCCAGAAGUCUCAGUAGCAGGAGCAGCCUAUCCAGACAUCACCCAGGAGAAAGUGCACUGGGAGCGAAGUUCCAGUUGUCACUAGCCUCUUACUGCAGAGAACGCGAGCUGAAGAAGUUGAGAAAGGAACAGAUGGAACAGAGAAUCAACUCAGAAAAUUCUUUCUCCGAAGCAAGCAGUCUUUCCUUAAAAUCCUCUAGUAUGGCAAGAAAAUGCCAGCAGAGACAGGAACAAAGUAAACAGAAUGAUGCCAUACCUGGAAAGAGUAACCUUUCAAACCUGGAAAAUGGACAUCUCUCAAGAAAAAGAUCCUCUUCUGAUUCAUGGGAACCUACUUCAGGCUCUAAGCAGAAUAAAUUCCCUGACAAAAGAAAAAGGAGCUCUGUGGAUUCAGAUCUAAAAAGCACAAGAGAAUCUCUGAUACCAAAAGCAAAAGAGUCCUUUUUUGAGAAGCGUCCUGACGGACCACAUCAGAAAGAAAAAUUCAUAAAACAUAUUGCUCUGAAGACACCUGGUGAUGUGCUGCGUUUGGAGGAUAUAUCCAAGGACCCUCACGAUGAAACUGAUCACCCCUCUACAGGCUCAGCACCUUCACAUUCUGGCCACCACUCAUCUAGGAAUAGUGACCAAAUCAGUGUGGCAAGUACCAAAGACACUAAGAUGCACAAACCCCACUCACCUUUACCUCAGGAAAAAUCUGCAGCUAAAAAAGCUAGCAGCCUUCAGAAAAGUAAAACUGCUGGCUCUGUGACAUCAAAAGAGACAAAACUUCUACCUUUACUUUCCCAUGUUCCAAGUGCUGGUUCCUCUCGGGUACCAUUAAAUACUAAAAAUUGUACUCUUCCAGUUCCUAAAAAAGAUAAAGAGCGUUUGUCAUCUAAAGAAUGUUCUGGGCAUUCUACAGAAUCCUCCAAACACAAGGAACACAAAGCAAAGACUAAUAAGGAUGAUACUAAUGUAUCUUCAGGGAAAAUUUCUGGGGAAUCUUUGCAUUCAGAAUAUGGCACUUCUACAAAGUCUCCCCCAGCUGCUUUGGAAAUUGUGCCGUGCAUCCCAAGCUCUACAGCACCUUCAGAUAAAGAGAGUUCAGGAAAUUCCAACACAGGUAGCAGUGCACUGAAAAGAAAACUAAGGGGUGAUUUUGAUAGUGAUGAAGAAAGUUUAGGUUACAAUCUAGACAGUGAUGAGGAAGAGGAAACAUUAAAAUCACUGGAAGAAAUAAUGGCUUUGAACUUCAAUCAGACUCCUGGAACUACAGGAAAGCCUCCAGCUCUUACCAAGGGUCUUAGGUCUCAGUCAUCAGAGUAUACAGAACAUGGUCACAGUGGGACUUAUACAAAUACUUUAGAGCGUCUAGUGAAAGAGAUGGAAGACACACAAAGGCUAGAUGAACUGCAGAAGCAGCUACAAGAAGAUAUAAGGCAGGGCCGAGGCAUUAAAUCCCCAAUCAGAAUCGGAGAUCAAGAUAGUACAGAUGAUGAAGAUGGCCUCUUGGAGGAACACAGGGAAUUUCUAAAGAAAUUUUCAGUUACAAUUGAUGCUAUUCCUGAUCAUCAUCCAGGUGAAGAAAUAUUUAAUUUCCUUAAUUCUGGAAAAAUUUUCAAUCAGCAUACCUUGGAUUUAAGAGACUCUGGUUUUAUCGGACAAAGUGCUGUAGAAAAGCUUAUUCUUAAAUCAGGAAAAACAGAUCAGAUUUUUUUGACAACACAAGGCUUCCUUACCUCUGCUUAUCAUUAUGUCCAGUGUCCUGUACCUGUGUUAAAGUGGCUAUUUCGGAUGAUGUCAGUUCAUACAGACUGCAUUGUGUCAGUGCAAAUUUUAAGUACAUUGAUGGAAAUAACAAUUAGAAAUGAUACCUUCAGUGACUCACCAAUUUGGCCCUGGAUUCCAUCACUAUCUGAUAUAGCAGCUGUGUUUUUCAAUAUGGGGAUUGAUUUUAGAUCUUUGUUUCCUCUGGAGAAUCUUCAGCCAGACUUCAGUGAAGACAAUCUGGUUUCUGAUACACAGACAACAUCAGGGGGAAAAGGAAGUGAAGAUUCAUCUUGUAAACCAAUUUUUUCAGCUCUUCCUGAAACCAACAUUUUAAAUGUGGUUAAGUUUCUAGGCUUGUGUACAUCUAUACAUCCAGAAGGUUACCAGGAUCGUGAAAUAAUGUUGCUGAUUCUAAUGUUGUUUAAAAUGAGUUUGGAGAAACAGCUGAAGCAGAUUCCUCUCGUUGACUUUCAAAGCCUCCUGAUAAACCUGAUGAAAAACAUUAGAGAUUGGAACACUAAGGUGCCUGAACUCUGUCUGGGUAUAAAUGAGCUCUCAAGUCAUCCUCACAACCUUCUGUGGAUGGUACAGCUGGUCCCUAACUGGACCUCACGUGGAAGGCAGCUGAGACAGUGCCUAAGUCUAGUGAUUAUUUCAAAGCUUUUGGAUGAAAAACAUGAAGAUGUCCCUAAUGCCAAUAACCUGCAGAUAUCAGUCCUACAUCGCUAUCUUGUGCAAAUGAAGCCUUCUGAUUUGUUGAAGAAAAUGGUCUUGAAGAAAAAGGCUGAACAACCAAAUGGCACCAUUGAUGACAGUCUUCAUUUAGAGCUUGAAAAGCAGGCAUAUUACCUGACCUACAUUCUUCUUCAUUUAAUCGGUGAAGUUAGUUGUUCUCAUUCUUUUUCCUCUGGACAACGGAAACACUUUGUGCUACUCUGUGGGGCUUUGGAAAAGCACGUUAAGUGUGAUAUUAGGGAAGAUGCAAGACUUUUCUAUAGAACUAAGGUGAAAGACUUGGUUGCCAGGAUACAUGGAAAGUGGCAGGAAAUAAUCCAGAACUGCCGGCCUACUCAGGGGCAGCUUCAUGACUUCUGGGUACCAGAUUCUUAACAGGAGUUGCAGCAGCCAUAAUGUGGACCAGAGAAAUUCAAUAAGAGCCUUUCUGAAAGGAGUAGAAGGGAUUGCUGCAGAAUCCAGCGGGA